AUGAGUAUCGGAGCGGAUGGAGAUAGGGUCGGAGAGGUUAUGACUCCGGAGGUGAAGAGGGUGGAGGUCCGGAAGUCGGGUCGGGGUCGGGUAUGCACGGAUAUGACAUGUACAACAGGUGCUUCUUUUUCUUCGUCUAAUCCAACCUCUCAAUGUGCACUCAAGGGUCACAUCAUUGUCUUUCCUGCAAAACCUGAAGCCUUAUCCCCUUUUUUGCCCCCUGCAUUAGAAGAUGUGAUCACUCUGAUGUGCAUCGUUUUUGUAGGCUCAAUCCCACCAACUAAAGAGUGGCUCAAGGCCAAUGCACGUCCUCUGAUAGUUCGAUGCGAGAAGGUGCACCAUGCAUUGGAAUGGCUUGUUGCCAACAAUCCACUAUACCAUGAUGUCAUUCUCCACAAAGGGCAUUUGAACCAGAUACCAUCGCAUGAUGUGGCUGUUGUGAGGCAACAACCCAUGACUCACCAGCAAGCACACAUGACCCGCAUGUGA